GCUCCCUUGCGCCAAGGACGCGUCCGGCGGCUCCGCAGAGCCCUUCUAUGCCACCGCGGCUCCUCUCUAUGAUCCAUUGCCGCGUUUAGAGUGGGUGUCAUGGCGGUCGGCGUCGAGUUGGCAGGAGUUGCCUUCGGAACUGGGGAAAGUCACUAAAGCAGAGGAAGAAGUGGCCCAACCCGGACGGUGGGAAGUCGUAGGAAUGAGCAGAGGCCUCGCGGGGUUGACUGUGGCACUGGAGGCGGGCCCCUGGUAACGUCCCGGGCCAGGCCUCUGCGUUUCUAGGCAGAGUCGGGCCGUUGGUGGGAGCCCCCCGAAGCCGGCGUUGCUUAGGAACCCCUCAUUGUGUUGUGGAAUCUUGAGUGUUUUGAUAUGGACUAGCCCCGCGAAGGCGGUGGUUCGAGGACAUUUGGCGGGGUCGUCCGACGACGCUGGACGCUUUGCUCGGAGCGGACCGGGUCGUUCUCUAACCUGCAGCGAUGUCGUCCUGGCUUGGGGGCCUCGGCUCCGGCUUGGGCCAGUCUCUGGGUCAAGUCGGAGGCAGCCUGGCUUCCCUCACUGGCCAGAUUUCAAACUUUACGAAGGAUAUGCUGAUGGAGGGCACGGAGGAAGUGGAAGCAGAAUUACCUAAUGCUAGGAGAAAGGAAAUUGAAGCCAUUCAUGCAAUCUUAAGAUCAGAGAAUGAGAGACUCAAAAAACUUUGUACUGAUCUAGAAGAGAAACAUGAAGCAUCAGAACUUCAAAUAAAGCAGCAAUCUACAAAUUACCGAAAUCAGCUACAGCAGAAGGAGGUAGAAAUCAGCCAUCUUAAAGCAAGACAGAUCGCACUACAGGAUCAGGUGCUGAAGCUUCAGUCAGCUGCCCAGUCAGUAAAUUCAGGAGCUGGCCGAGUACCAGCAGCACCUGCAUCGUCUUCAUUUGGUUAUGGCAUCAGUCGUCAUGCUGCUGCUUUCCAUGAUGACGACAUGGACUUUGGUGACAUAAUUUCAUCCCAACAAGAAAUAAACAGAUUGUCAAAUGAAGUUUCAAGACUCGAGUCUGAAGUUGGCCACUGGAGGCAUAUUGCUCAGACUUCUAAACCACAAGGAUCAAAUAGCUCUGAUCAAAGUGAAAUCUGCAAACUGCAAAGUAUCAUUAAGGAACUUAAACAGAACCGAAGUCAGGAAAUUGAUGACCAUCAACAUGAAAUGUCAGUGUUACAGAAUGCACAUCAACAGAAAUUGACAGAAAUAAGUCGUCGGCAUCGAGAAGAAUUAAGUGACUAUGAAGAACGAAUUGAAGAACUGGAAAAGCUGUUACAACAAGGUGGCUCAGGAAUUGCAGUCACUGAUCACUUGAAAAUCCAUGAGAUGCAAAAAACUAUUCAGGAUCUACAAACUGAGAAAGUAGCGUCUACAAAAAAAAUUGAAGAACUUGAGGAUAAAAUAAAGGACAUAAAUUCAAAAUUAUCUUCUGCAGAAAAUGACAGAGAUGUUUUGAAGAAGGAACAAGAACGCCUGCACGUUGAAAACAGACAAAUAACGGAAGAGUGUGAAAACUUGAAACGGGAAUGUAGUAAAUUGCAGCCUGAUGCCGUGAGGCAAGGCGAUGCUGUGACAGGAAGAGAAGGAAUCCUGUCGCAGGGGGCCUCGGUGCAAGAGGAAGUGCUCAAACUGCAGCGGGCACUGUCUGAUGCUGAAAAUGAAAUCAUGAGACUGAGUAUUUUAAACCAGGAUAAUCUCACUGAAGACAAUUUGAAACUUAAAAUGCAUGUUGAAAUUUUAGAAAAAGAGAAGUCCUUAUUGAGUCAAGAAAAGGAAGAACUUCAGGCAUCACUUCUAAAAUUGAACAAUGAAUAUGAAGUAAUUAAAAGUACAACUGGAAGAGACAUGGAUUUGGAUUCCACAUUACACAAUUUAAGGCUGACUUUGGAGGCAAAAGAACGGGAACUGAGUCAGAGUCUUACCGAGAAGGAAACACUGCUAGCUGAGCUAGAGGAAUUAGACAGACAGAACCAAGAAGCCACACAGCACGUGAUUCUGAUAAAAGAUCAGCUGUCAAAACAACAAAAUGAGGAAGACAACAUCAUUAGUAAACUGAAAAAAGAUCUAAAUGAUGAAAAAAAGAGAGUCCAUCAACUUGAAGAUGACAAAAGGAACAUGACUAAAGAGUUGGAUGUGCAGAAAGAAAAGUUAGUUCAAAGUGAACUGGUCCUGAAUGAUCUGCAUUUAGCCAAGCAGAAGCUUGAGGAUAAAGUAGAAGAUUUAGUAGAUCAGCUAAGUAAAUCACAAAAAAGUAAUUUAAAUAUGCAGAAGGAGAACUUUGGACUUAAGGAGCAUAUUAAACAAAACGAGGAAGAGCUUUCCAGAGUCAGGGAUGAGUUAACGCAAUCUCUAAAUCGAGACUCUGGCAGUGAUUUUCAGGUUGACUUACUUAAAGAAAGGGAAGCGGAAGUCAAAAGCUUAAAGCAAAGUCUUUCAGAAAUAGAGCAGCUCAAUGACAAUUUAAACAAAGUUGCCUUUGAUCUCAAGAUGGAAAACGAAAAGUUGGCUUUAGCGUGUGAGGAUGUAAGACGUCGGUUGGAGGAAUCCAUUGCUGGUAGCAAUCAGAUUUCUCUGGAAAGAAACACUAUUGUGGAGGUCCUAAAAAUGGAAAAAGGACAGUUAGAAGCAGAAUUGAGUCGGGCUGAAGAGAGGCGGUUGGAAGAAGCCAAUAAGUAUGAGCAGAUGAUUAAAGAACUGUCAAAGCCACGUGAUUUGAGUACCUUUGCUUUACAGCUGGAACAGCAGCAGUUAAGGAAACUCAGUCAAGAGAAAGACUUUGAAAUAGCAGAACUCAAAAAGAACCUUGAACAGAUGGAUGCUGAUUGUAAGGAAACGAAGGCAGUUUUGUCAUCUAGUCUAGAAGAGCAGAAGCAAUUGACACAACUUCUAAGCGAGAAGGAAAUUUUUAUCGAAAAACUUAAAGAAAGAGGUUCAGAGCUUCAGGAGGAAUUAGGUAAACAUACUGAGGCCUUAAGAAAAAAUGAAGUUUUAAAGCAAACCAUAGAGGAAAAAGACAGAAGCCUUGGGUCCAUGAAAGAAGAAAACAAUCAUCUGAAAGAGGAACUGGAACGACUCCGGGACCAGCAGAGUCGAGCUGCACCUGUGGCGGAGCCUAAGCCCCUCGAUAGCGUCACAGAGCUCGAGUCGGAAGUGUUGCAGCUGAAUGUGAUAAAGGGUAAUCUCGAGGAGGAAAUAAAACAUCAUCAAAAGGUAAUUGAAGAUCAAAACCAGAGUAAACUGCAGCUGCUUCAGUCUUUAGAGGAGCAGAAGAAGGAAAUGGAUGAGUUUAAAUGCCAGCACGAGCAAAUGACUGUCACACACACCCAGCUCUUUUUGGAGAAAGAUGAGGAGAUUAGGAAUUUGCACAAAACAAUUGAACAAAUCAAAGCCCAGUUGCACGAAGAAAGGCAGGAUGUUCAAACAGAGAAUUCUGAUCUGUUUCGAGAAACCAAAGUACGGAGCCUCAAUAUAGAAAAUGGCGGCGAAAAGCAUGAUUUAUCUAAAGCUGAAACGGAGAGAUUAGUGAAAGGAAUAAAAGAACGAGAAUUGGAGAUUAAGCUCCUAAAUGAAAAGAACAUAUCCUUAACGAAACAGAUCGAUCAGCUGUCCAAAGAUGAGGUGGGGAAGCUAACGCAGAUCAUCCAGCAGAAGGACGUGGAGAUACAAGCUCUUCACGCUAGAAUUUCUUCGGCUUCCUACACCCAGGAUGUCGUUUACCUUCAGCAGCAGCUGCAGGCCUAUGCUAUGGAGCGGGAGCAAGUAUUAGCUGUUUUGAGCGAGAAGACCAGGGAGAAUAGCCAGCUGAAAACAGAAUACCACAAAAUGAUGGAUAUAGUUGCUGCCAAAGAAGCGGCUCUCGUGAAGCUGCAAGAUGAAAAUAAAAAAUUGGCCGCUCGAUCUGAAGGUGGUGGUCAAGAUAUGUUCAGAGAAACCGUGCAGAAUUUAUCACGUAUCAUUCGAGAAAAAGACAUCGAGAUAGAUGCCUUGAGUCAGAAAUGCCAGACCCUGUUGACGGUUCUACAAACAUCCAGCCCUGGUAACGAGGUCGGAGGUGUCAAUAGUAACCAGUUCGAGGAGCUCCUACAGGAACGCGACAAAUUAAAACAGCAAGUAAAGAAAAUGGAAGAGUGGAAACAGCAGGUGAUGACCACGGUCCAGAAUAUGCAGCACGAGUCCGCCCAACUUCAGGAAGAACUGCAUCAGCUUCAGGCACAAGUUUUGGUUGACAGCGAUAAUAAUUCCAAGUUACAAGUGGACUACACUGGCCUGAUCCAGAGUUACGAACAGAACGAAACCAAACUCAAAAGUUUUGGGCAGGAAUUAGCACAAGUUCAGCACAGCAUAGGGCAGCUUUGCAACACCAAAGAUCUUCUUUUAGGAAAACUUGAUAUUAUUUCGCCUCAGCUGUCCUCGGGAUCAUCGCUCUCUUCCCAGUCAGCAGAGUCUCUUCGAACAGUCAAGCCCGACCCAUCGAGCGAGGCUUCUAAACGAGAGCUGGAAGAACUAAGAAAAUCACUGCAGGAAAAAGAUGCAACAAUUAAAACGCUCCAGGAAAAUAAUCACAGAUUGUCCGAUUCGAUUGCUGCCUCCUCAGAGCUGGAAAGAAAAGAACACGAACAGACCGAUUCGGAAAUUAAGCAGCUAAAGGAGAAACAAGAUGUUUUACAAAAGUCCCUUAAGGAGAAAGACCUCUUAAUCAAAGCCAAAAGCGAUCAGUUACUUUCAUUGAAUGAAAAUUUCACUAACAAAGUGAAUGAAAAUGAACUUUUGAGGCAGGCGGUAACAAACCUGAAGGAGCGGAUACUGAUUUUAGAAAUGGACAUUUGUAAACUGAAAGAGGAAAAUGAAAAACUAGUAGAAACGACCAGGGAAAAGGAAAUGGAAUAUCAAGCAUUACAGGAGACUAAUAUGAAGUUUUCCAUGAUGCUUCGAGAAAAAGAGUUUGAGUGCCAUUCAAUGAAGGAAAAGGCUCUUGCUUUUGAGCAGCUGCUGAAAGAAAAAGAGCAGGGCAAGACCGGGGAGUUAAAUCAGCUUUUAAAUGCGGUUAAGUCGAUGCAAGAGAAGACAGUUAAGUUUCAACAGGAGAGAGACCAGGUCAUGUUGGCCCUGAAGCAGAAACAAAUGGAAAACACUGCUUUACAGAACGAGGUUCAACAUUUACGCGACAAAGAAUUACGCUUAAACCAGGAGCUAGAGAGAUUGCGUAACCAUCUUUUAGAAUCAGAGGAUUCUUACACCCGUGAAGCUUUGGCUGCAGAAGAUAGAGAGGCCAAACUGAGAAAAAAAGUCACAGUAUUGGAGGAAAAGCUAGUUUCAUCUUCUAAUGCGAUGGAAAAUGCAAGCCAUCAAGCCAGUUUGCAGGUAGAGUCCUUGCAGGAGCAGCUGAAUGUGGUCUCCAAGCAAAGGGACGAAACCGCCCUGCAGCUGUCUGUCUCUCGGGAGCAAGUGAAGCAGUACGCCCUGUCGCUCUCCAACCUGCAGAUGGUGCUAGAGCAUUUCCAGCAAGAGGAAAAAGCUAUGUAUUCUGCCGAACUAGAAAAGCACAAACAGCUUGUAGCUGAAUGGAAGAAAAAGGCAGACAAUUUAGAAGGAAAACUGAUGUCAUUACAGGAGCGGUUCGAUGAAGCAAAUGCUGCGUUGGAUUCGGCAUCGAGACUUACAGAACAGUUAGAUUUAAAGGAAGAACAAAUUGAAGAACUUAAAAAGCAAAAUGAGCUCCGACAAGAAAUGCUGGACGAUGUACAAAAGAAACUGAUGAACUUAGUCAACAGCACAGAAGGAAAAGUGGACAAAGUCCUAAUGAGAAACCUCUUCAUUGGACAUUUCCAUACACCAAAACAUCAGCGCCAUGAGGUGUUACGAUUAAUGGGAAGCGUCCUGGGUAUCAAGAGGGAGGAAAUGGAGCAGUUGCUUCAUGAAGAUCAGGGUGGUGUUACCAGGUGGAUGACUGGGUGGCUUGGAGGAGGAUCCAAAAGCGUCCCCAACACACCUCUGAGACCAAAUCAGCAAUCUGUGCUUAACAGUUCUUUUUCAGAACUUUUUGUUAAAUUUCUAGAAACAGAAUCUCACCCAUCUGUUCCACCACCAAAGCUUUCUGUUCAUGAUCUGAAACCUCUGGAUUCACCAGGAAGGAGAAAGGCAGUUACAAAUGUGCCAGAAAGUUUUAAAGAUGGCACAGAAUCCAGAUCUGGUAGAAGAACAGAUGUGAAUCCAUUCCUGGCUCCCCGCUCUGCGGCUGUGCCUCUUAUGAACCCGGCGGGACUUGGACCUGGUGGGCCUGGGCAUCUGCUCCUGAAACCCAUCUCCGAUGUGUUGCCCACGUUUACACCCUUGCCAGUGUCACCCGACAACAGUGCUGGAGUUGUGUUGAAAGACCUUUUAAAGCAGUAGAUGAUUCCCAAGCCAGAGACAAACACGUGGCACUUUAAAGAAACCAUGAACACUACGUGUGUGUACUUGAUCACUAAGUGGCCUUUUGGAGAAAGUCAUGUAAUUGUUCGCAGUUGUAUAUUCUCUAAACUUAAUAAAAAUAUUCUUAUUGCUUUUAGAAAUUGCAGGUGUCCCAGGAGGAGGUGUUUGCUAUAAUACAUGCUGUGUUCCUUCUCUGAUUUGACCUUUCAUUUAAGCUAGAAACAUUUUAUUUUUUAAUUUACAAAUAAUAAAAAAGAUAAAGAUAAAAA